AUGAUGUACGUCGGUCAAUGCUCUUGGGGAGCGGAGGGUGCCAAAAAGCCCAGUGCUAUACAAUAUGUAGAAUCGCUGAAAAAGCGUAUUAGAGCACUUGAAACCUACGCCCGUGAGCUCAAGUCCAAGGUGGACAAUUGCCGUUGCGAGCAGCGCGGUGUAAAUGACGUCGAACCCUCCGAGUCAAUCCUCCAAGCGCGCCCUGAUAUCUACCUGCCGGGGGAUCUGGACUUGGACAGCGAUAGCCCGGAACCCGGAUCUGAUACUGAUAACGAACUGUUGUAUCCCACAAGCAAUCUUGUACUUGAGGAUCGUGAUCUGUUAUUUCAUGGCACGACGUCCAUAUUCCGUCACUCGACGCCUCAGAGGAUGUCUCGUUUCCCAGAGAUCAUCGAAAACCACAAGCAGUGCUAUGUCCUAAUGGUGGAGGGCGGCGACCAGUCCCAUUACAAUCCGAACUUCGACUGGUCUCGUUACCUACCUACCGCUGUCCCGCUUGACAGGCGGGAACACGAUAGAAUCCUCGACUGCCUCUUCAAAUUCUUCACCUCCUGGUGUCUGCGCAUCGUACCAGCCCUCUUCUUGAGGGAUAUGUGGCGUGCUCUCAGCGUCCCAGUCUCACAAACCCCACCGAAGACCUCGCACUAUUCACCGAUGCUCCACAAUGCCCUCAUCGCUUUGGCCUCGGCCUUCUCUGAUGACCCCCGCGUCAGGGACCUGAAGGCUCGUCGAUACUUCGCAAGCGAGGCAAAGUCAUACAUUGAUGCGGAAUGCCAAAUGCCCAACAUCUGUGUCGUUCACGCGCUGUCCAUCCUCGCUAGCUUUCACUCUGCUCAAGGCGAGCAGACGCUAGGAUACACCUAUUUCGGUGAGCGCAGCCACUGGAUCCUGUCUGUUACUCUUGGUUUGGGAGUAGACUGCUCAACCUGGGUCGAAGCAGGCAUUAUCAGCCGCGACGACAGGCUUGACCGGAAUUGGGGAUACUGGACAACAUUCAGCCAGGAUGUUUGCUGGUCGCUCUACGUUGGCCGCGAUUUUUGCGUCCCUUGUCCCACCAACCGCGAAAACAUACCAGUCCCUUACGUUGAGACCGACUUGGACGAGCUCCCAUGGCACCACGCCCCUUCGAACAUCGCCCCACAAGCUGGGUACCUAUCAAAAACGUUUGCUGCGUCUUGCGAACUGUUACUGAUAGCGCGCCCGAUCAUGGAUGUCGUGAACUCCCUAGGUCACACUGGCAAGCACCGUACCGUCAGAUAUGAACUGGUCAGCGAGAUCGACGUCAAGCUGAACGCAUGGAAGGAUGCUCUGGCUCAGGAGCUUGAUAUCACUCAGUCAAAUAGAGGAACUGCCACCCCUCACAAGAUCAUGCUUCAUCUUGCGCACUGGUGGCUAUUCAUCUUGUUACACCGACCCUUUUACCGUCGACCACGGCCUAUCCAUAGCUCGGAAGCAGAGAUCGACCAUGUCAAGCUGUGCAACAGGGCUGCAGAACACAGCAUGGAAUUGCUGAGUACAUGGAGGUCACUCUACGGCCUCCGUUAUGCCCCCAUCACUCUUGUCCAAGUUAUUUUCUCCGCAGGCACGGUAUACCUUCUCUCUGCUGUGCAAGCAACAUCUGGUGUCAGAGUCGCCCCCGUCUCUCUGAAACACUCUCUGGAUCACGCUGAACUCUGCAUGCAAUACCUCUCGGAGUGUGGCCGAUCUUGGGAAUGCGCGAACAAGAUUGGGGAGAUCCUUCGCAGCCUCCUGAUGAAGCAGCUGGAACCCCGCCUCCAGCGCCGCAAUAUCUCGGUAAACACCUCAUUCACUGAGGGCAACGGGUCGACUAUGCCCCGCCGUACUCCUUCCAAGCGCGCUAGGCGGGAGUCAAAGUCUGCCCGCUCGAGGUCUACUGGCUCACCACAGCAACGCCGGAGCUCCUCUCGCCGGACUCCCACACAAACCUCACCCUCGUCAUCUAAGUUCCAGGAAUCCCCAACUGCCAUCAAAGAGACGCUAUCUCCUGAGACAUCGCCAUCCAUGAGUUCAUUCCCAGUCGAGACCACUCCGAGUGGCCAGGGAUCUUUCGUCACGUUCGAGUGGCCGUACCCUGCCCCCGUGGGAGUCCACCAGCCCUCGGCAGCACCUCCCGCGCCUCCAGAGGACGAAGACGAGCCCAUGAGCUAUUCUAUGAGUAGCUCCGGAUUCCUAGGUAUGCCAGGCGGAGAACGGCUCUCCGAACAACCCUUCAUUUCCUUCGAAGUCGACGAAAACAGUCUAUUUGAUGGACUGUACGGCCCUAGCUGGAUAGUGCCCCCGGACCUACCGCCUCUCGAUCUCACAGAGGCAGAUUUCCUGGCUUUACAGCAACUCUUUGAACCUACCGCUCCCCUACCUCACAAUGACAGUGUCUAG